AGCGUUGACCGAGCGCCAAUCAUAAGAGGGCAAACAGCACGCGUCUCUAUCUAUCCCUCUUGCGCUCGCUUCAAUAUGUCAUGCGUGAACGAGAUGAUAACAUAGGCACGUGGUUACAGCAACUGGACGGCUUGAGCGGGCCGCGGCCGCCAUUUUCUACUGUGUAUCGCUCCUGCGAACUCGUAUUGACGCGUGUUUGUAACUUGGGAUACCUAGUGUAGUAGAUAAACAGUGUAAUUAUGGUCACAGCACCUCACGAUGACUGGACAGAAGAACUCUGCAUUAGAUUGAUACACGAAUACAAGAAACGUCCUAUACUAUGGGACCCUAGAGAUCCGUUCUUCUUCAAAAAGGCCAUGAAGCCUGAGGCGUGGGAAGGAAUUGGCGCGGUGUUAAAUUUGCCUGCAGAUAUGUGUAAGCAUAAAAUGGUAAUUUUGCAAUCGUCGUUUAGAAGAGAAAAAUCCAAAAUUAUGCAGAGCAUCAGGGAUUCAGCCGGAGACGCCAAUUACACGUCUACUUGGUUCGCCUUCGAGGAAAUGGCCUUUUUGAUCAACAAAGAUUCGGAGAGAAAACGACAUACAACGCAAUUGUCAGCAGACAGCGAAGAUGGACCUUCAGCUAUUAAAAAAUCCUUAUUAGAACAUUACAUUGAAAAGAGUGCAGAAAACAAAAAGAAACAUAAAAAUUCAUUAACUACCAACGUAGUUAAAGUUCUUCCAAAUAUUUGCCCCAAAAAACUAAAUGUGAGUCAAACGAGCCACAACAGAGCCAACGUUACGUCAACAGUAGCAUCUCCAGUGCAAGUUGCAUCACCACCGGCGACUAUGCCUCCCAAGGUACCUGCACCGAGUCGGCUGCAAGGAGAUGAAACCCUUGAAGAAAUAAAAUCAUUCACUAACUUCAUAGCUUUCAAGAUGAAAAAAUACAGCGAGACCACUAAAAAUUAUGUACAACAAGCAAUAUGUGACAUUAUUUUCAAGGCUGAUCAACAUAUUUAUGACAACAUGACUUCGGAUGAACAGCUUAGUGGUCAUCAAUCUCCACAAAGAGAUGCGGAAUCGGAAGAUGGAGACAUAGAAAACAAGACAAUUGAUAUAGGCAAUGGGCAAGUUAUUAUAAUCAAAACGGACGAUAGCGAUUAGUAUGACUAAGGAUAAGUUGAAAGGCGAAUGGCGAAAUCUGAUUGAGAAUUGUGACAGUGAUAUUCGUAAUAACAAUUAGUUAUUAAAAUAAUGUAUCUUUCAUUAAUAAAU